CAAAAAAACCUUCCAAAACGACAAAAUGACGCAACCCGACACGACACCUCAACUCAGGGUUUCACAAUCACAGUAUGGCUUACGGUGGAAUAUUACUUCAGAAUCCCAGACGCUUCCCUUUUGUUCUUCUCUCAAUUUUUCGAGGUACAGUUCUUUUUUUGGGGCUCUAUUCCGUACAUUCAUUGAUUUUUACCACAAAUGUUUAUUGUUGCCUCUUGCCACAAUCGUGAUGCUGAUCUCCUAAUUUAAACAUAUAACUCUUUGUUUCGAACUGUCAAGUUUCAUGCUGCAUCAAAUUUGGUUUAAAUUUGACAAUAAUCAGGGCCAAUUUGAUUAAUAUAGCUCUCUUAGCUGCAGAAGCUGAAAAGGGAUUGUAAAGUUCUUAUUUUUUUUGUUUCAUUUUCUUACGAAAUGUUGUCUGCUUGAACUCUCCACACGGGACAUCACUUUGUACGUAGUGUGAGUUUUGUUUGUGAUUAAUCAUUGUUAUAGAACAGAAGGUGGAUUAUGGAUAGAAGAUCAAUAAAUUUUGUGAAUUAGGACAAAUGCUGGAAAUUUUAUUACCAAUUAGCAGCUUAGAUUGGAAACUUCUGUCCGAAGAGAAAUGGCAUUUUCAGUGGUAAAUUAAAGUAAGCUUUAACAGUGACCAAUGGAAGCAAUUACACAGCUAAUUACUUUCUGGGUAAUUAGCAUGAUUGCUGCCAUGUACAUUUCACUUUUCAAAUUUUAGAAUUCAUUUUGAAUUUCACUGUGUUUAUUGUCACUGUUUUGUUCUGUAUAGCUGGCUUUCUCUUCGUAAUUUGGUUCCUGGGAGUUAUUUCAACACUGGGGAUUUACUUAAAUCACAUGUAUAUUUUGUUGGUUUUCUUGUAGCUCCCGCAUUAUAAGAUGAAUGGAUUAACAAGUUAGCUUUGACACACGGUUGGUGUCCCACAAAUUGGCUCAAUGGGUGACUCAGCUUCUGUUUCUGGCCCAAGCACAACCUUUUUAGGAUCAGAUAGUAGUAUUAGUGUUAAGAAAUCAAGAGGGCGUUUGAUUGCUUCAGGCCAAAAAUCAUUUGAACAUCAAUCUUUGAGGAAACUGCAUUCCCAUCUUCGUUGGAUAAAUCCUGGGAAAUUGGGUAAACGGGUGGCUGCUGGCCCUGUUACAUCAUUUUUACUUGAAGUUGCUGUGUUGGAAAUUGUAAGGAGGUUAUCCAAGGCCAAAUGUCCGCUGGUUUGGUCGACUCUCCAGGCUCUGCAGGUUUUCUGCUAUCCACCCUUUAAAUGGAUUCAGAGAUGGAACCCAUUUCAAGCUUUGGUCAAAGGCAUGCAGAUGUUGUCGCGACCAUUACUUGUCAUAUCCAUUGCAAAUGCUAUAUCUGAUUGUUCGGAAGGCAAACGUAGCCUUUCAGAUGCUGAAGAUCCUCCUCAGGCCAGUGAAUCAGCUGCAUUAGAUUCCCAUUUAGAUGAAUCUUCGUUGCUAUCUGCUCCUGAAAUAAGUACUGGUAAUAAAGAACCUCAAAUUUCAUCUUCUAAAACUUGGUUGCUUCAGCUCUAUGAAGAACUUCAGCGUGAGGGAAUAACCUUGCCUGCGAGAAUUGAUGACGAUGAGCUUGAAAGAUUCUAUGCUACUGUAAAUGGCAAUCUUUCAGCCUGUAUAUCAUUGGUGAAGAAGACAAUAUCUUGGAGGGAGACUUACAGAAUUCUUUCCUUACAAGAACUUGAAGUGUGGUCAAAUAUGGUCUUUUGGCAUGGAUUUGAUGCAAAGGGUAGACUCUGCCUUGUUGUCCGCCUUGGAUUGGCUUGCAUGACUGUCCCAUUGGCUGACAGACCUCAGUUUGCUCAAGCAAUUGUUUCACAGGUAGAGUAUGGAGUCCUUAAUCUAACGGACCAUGAACAUUCUCGAAUUACUGUCUUGGUGGACUGUGAAGGGUUGUCACCUCUGAAAUUCCCAAUGAAAAUAUCUUUAACUUGUUCUAAUAUUCUUCAAGAACACUUCCCGAAGCGUCUUGGUUGUGUGUAUGUUAUACGACUUCCUCCAGUUGCCCGAGUCAUUGCACAAACUUUUAUCCAGUUCCUUAAUCCAGGAACGAGGUCAAAGCUGAAGAUUCUCGGGGAUAGGUAUAAAGCCACUCUCUCAGAGUUAAUCAAGGAACUCCCAUCAUGUCUUGGUGGGUUGUGCACAUGCACGAUAUGUUCAGGGGAAGAAAAAAGCAUUUUCGAGGAAUUUUCAAUCAGGGAAACAGAUUUCACCGCUUCAAUUGAAAAUAUAGCUCGUGAAGAUGUUCUGCCAGAACUUGAUGCUAUCUAUGACUCUUAUACGUGGAGUAGCAGUGAACAUGUAUUGAGAAAAGCUGUCGUAGGAGUUUUAAUUUUCUGGGUGUUGAUAGUUUUACUUGCUGGAAUACAUGAUCCGGAUAGCACACCAUUUUAAACAUCAAGUAAGAUCAUAUCGUUGUGGUUAAUCUGUCGAAAUGAAGUACUUAUGACUCUGUAUAGUAGCGUGUUCGCAUUCAUAAAUUCAAUAGCUGUCCAGGAGUGUAAUUACUGAGCUCCUCAUGAUAAGUUUUGUACGUGUGAGGAUAUUAAAUCAAAUCCGAGAUAAGCUGAAGAUUGUGCUUCACAAAGUGAUUGGGUUAAUUUAUGCUGUUUAGGUCAAGAAAUGUCUGUUUUGUAGUGUUAAUCCACGAGGAUUUUAGAUGCAAACCCCUAUGAAAAUCCUAUCCUUAAAACUUAUGUCAUGACUAAAUUAUUCGUUAUGCACUUGUGCC